UCGCUGGUGAGGUGAGAUGUGAUUGAAACCGUUUGCUCGUUCCAUCAGUACGCGCGGCACGCACACACGAAACAGAAGCGCUGCCAGCUAUACUUUAUGAGAAAUAAAUCUCGCCAUCUUGAUUUUUUUCCACUCGCUCUCGCUGGCUCUGUUUGUAUGCGAGGCAGACGGACUGCUGUGCUGUGGAUUGAAUUCGAUUGCCAGCCAUCAAGUGCCUCAGUUUCGGAGAAGAUUGUGUAGUCAAUUAGAUGUAGGGUAGAGGCGCUUACUGAUUCCAGGAGCCAUUUUAGCAGCUUAGAAUGGCAAAUUUUGUGCUCGAAAUGUAAUCAAUGAGUGUUGAAGUGUAGUGUGCAAGUGAUUUUUUUUUUUUCGUCUGAUGCGCAAAGUGGCUUAAACAUGAUCUUGUCAACAAGUGCGCGAUGGCUGCCCAUUUUUGCGGAAGACGAGUAGUCAUUAAAUGGUGGUUUUGAGAUGGUUUUUUAAUUGCCCGCGGUGAUAAUCGGCCGUUCAAUAAGUGCUCUCGUUUUGUGCUCUGCAUCCGUUCGCGCUUGAUUCGGAGCGGUUGAAUGAACCCGAUGAUCUUCAGAAGUACAGAUCAAUUCUAAUAUCGAACUUCCCGGUGCAGCGCGAGCGAUGCCAGAAUUGGCCACCUGCAAGAGCAGUAAUAAGAAGUGUGAAGAAAAGUGUGCGCGUCGUACGCCAAAAAAUCUAAUUGGAUCGAGUCGAUCAUUUGAGUUCGACCUUUCGGCAGUGGAAGCAAUUUCAGUAGGUUGUGGGUAUGACAGGCUCUGGUCAUGCGGUGGUGGUUUGGGAGUUUGAAUCUCGGGGCGGAAAAUGGCUACCGUACAGUCCGGCCGUUUCCCAACAGCUGGAGCGAGCGCACGGGAAAAAGUUGACGCGUGUUUUGCUGAGCGAUGCCGAUCCUUCGCUAGAGCAGUACUACGUGAAUGUGCGAACGAUGACGCAGUGUUGCGAGGAUCAGGAGUUUGCCAUAACCAACGUUCGGAGACACUUCUACAAGCCAAGUUCCCCGGCAGGCAAAGGGACCAAAUGGGAGUGGUGCGGAUCAUCCGGCAACGAUUGGCACAGUUACACCAUGGAGGUGCAGUGCGUAAUCGAGGAAGCUUGGGCCAGGGGUGAUCAAACUAUCGAUCUCACCAAAACACAUCUCAAUCUUCCGUACACGAUUAAUUUCCUGAAUCUCACCCAAAUUCGUCACCAGAAUGGGCCGCUGCGAAGUAUCCGCCGGAUACAGCAAGCCCCCUAUCCGUUGGUUAAAGUGCCAAAUCAGCAGCUAAUCAGCCCGAUCCCGGUCACCUGCAGCAGUGUGCCAAAUCUUCCCCCAAAACCCAAUCACAUGGUGAUGGCUACGACACCAACUCCUACCACAAUCCCCCUCGCAACGCAAUCGCAACCAUCCCAUUCUCCCGCGCAACUUCAGGUGAAAUCAAAAUCACAACCUGUGUUAUGCAGCAGCACUUCCCAUCAGCAGCAGAAGCGACCCACAAAGACGCUGAAGAUGGCCAAACAAUUGGACAUACCCCCGGUAACACCAACAAACCUGGCCCGGCAGAUUUUACACAAUCUCAACAUAUUCGGAACGAAACAUCAUCACCAUCAUCAUCAGCAACAGUUAGGUACCCCUGAACAUCUGGCCGGACCCGGAGGCCAAACUGGAUCGCUUCAACAUCAUCCCCAUCAUCAUCAUCAACAACAGCAUCAGCAGCAGCAGCAACACUUCCAAUCAAGCACCCAUCAGCACUCGUUACGGAGUCAUCCCAAGGGGCGAACGAUGGCCUUCCAACGGCAGCGUAGUAAAUCCCGUAGUCGGGGCGAAUCGUUAAUCGAAACCGAUUCCUCUAGUAUCAACUCCGGCCGAAGGCCGAGCGUCGACACCGUGUCGACAUAUUUGAGCCACGAAAGCAAGGACAGCAACAGCCGCCGAAGUAACAAUCUCGGUUCGGUGUCCGAUCUGCUGAACUGUUCGAUGGGCAGCGAUGACGUGUUUACGUCCUCGUCGCAGCCGAACAUUCCCGGAGCUAUUGUUGGUGUCGAUCCGGCAAGCGACAUGAUUUCGCGCUUCGUCCGGGUGGUAGAUCCACCACAGUGGCCGCACGCUCAGCCCUGCCCGAUGUGCAUGGAGGAACUGCGACACAGUAAUCUCAAUCCGACGGUUUCGCUGUCCCGCUGCCAGCACCUGAUGCAUCUUAACUGCUUGAACGAGCUGAUUCUGGGCCAGAAAAAGGAUAGUCAGAAGACCCUUUACAUCGAGUGCCCGAUUUGCAUGUCGGUGUACGGCGAGAAGAUCGGCGAUCAGCCCCCGGGUACGAUGUCCUGGAUCGUAAUUCCACGCAGCCUACCGGGACACGAGGGUCAAAAUACGAUCCAAAUUACGUACAACAUCGCCUCGGGCAUCCAGGGCGCGGAACAUCCCCACCCGGGGCGAGCCUUCUUUGCGGUUGGAUUUCCGCGCACUUGCUAUCUACCGGAUGGGCUGCUAGGGCGCAAGAUUCUGCGCUAUCUGAAGAUUGCCUUCGACCGGCGACUGCUGUUCUCGAUUGGCCGCUCGGCAACGACCGGCCGGGAGGAUGUGGUGCUGUGGAACAGCGUCGAACACAAGACUCAGUACUCGAUGUUUCCCGAUCCGCAGUAUAUGCAGCGCUGCAUGCAACAGCUGGUGCAUCUGGGUGUGACUGAUUGACCCGAUUUGAGACUGUAGUGAAGUGAGGAGGUCUUCCCGAAUUAUGUUGUCUUCCCCCCAAAAAGCAAGUGAGAUUCUGAUAGUAUUUUAACCCUCUGUUUUUUCGCAUUUACCUAUCAGAUUUUAUUAUAGUAAACUCACUCAGAAGCGAAGAAAGUGCCAAUACAGGUCAGUGUCGAAUGUGUAGUUUGUAGGGAAAUUGUUGCGCGAUAGAAAUCUCUAAGAGGUUAUGUUUUUAGAUAAACGAAAUGCAGCUUAUUGCGAUUAGUUUUAAAGCUCUAUCUAGAUAAAGUAUCAUCAUUCUUCCAACUUAGCGUGAUAAGUUUGAGUACUCCACACUAGUAUUAAUUCUCAUUCCAAAUGUACAAAGAAACCCGCGAAGAACCGCCUACGGCAUUUAGAGCUCUUUUUAGCUUUUUUUUUCUAUAGUAAGUUUCACAUGCGUAGAGUUUAUGUUCCUUCAAAGUUUUUAGUCCGGUUGGGCAUUCGAAAUUUUAUCGUUGCAUUUUAUAUUCGCUCGUAGGAAAAUUAUUUCUAAGUAAUCGAAAAUAUAGUAGAAGCAGUUCCCUUAUUCAGA